AUGACUUUAGGACAAGUGAUGUCACAUUCAGCGGGUCUUAAAGUGACGGACUUGCUUAAGGACUUCCAGAUGAUAUAUGACUUCAAAAAUGUGAGUCAAUCGCUGGUUCAGUUCAAAGACGAGCCCUUACUUUCAGAGCCGGGAACUCAAUAUAAUUACUCUAAUUAUGGCUAUCAAGUGGUGGGCGCUAUCAUCGAGUCCGUCAUCCAUGAAGAGUAUUUCAAUGCAAUCAACAAAAUGUUUGAAGAGUUGAAAAUGAAUUCAACAUUUUGCGAGACAAGUGAUAUGAUUAUUAAGCAUAGAGUUCACGAUUAUCUGAAAAGUGAUUACCCAAUACUGCCCGACCCCACCAAAAAUGCAUCGGAGGUCCAUCUCAUGAAUGCUCUGGUUAUUGAUGACUUGCUGGCAAUGGAGGCUCAGUGGCCGGCAGGAGAGUAUUUGAAGUCAUCGACUGUCAAACAAAUAUGGGAUCCGGUUAUUGAGAAAUUUCGCAACAAAUAUGGUUUAAGCAAAGAAGCACAUGGAUGGGCAGUAACUGAAUUGGAUCGGCCUAUUGUGUGCCAAAACAAAUGCCAAAUGCCAUCGACUAUAAGUCGUUUCAUCUGGAAAACGGGUGGUCUGACUGGUGUCACUAAUAUACUGAUGAUUCUUCCUGAUCAAGAUAUAAUUGUCGCCCUAUUGACUAAUACAUCAGAUAUGCAGGAUGAUAUAGUCGAGGCCGCACUUAUGGUGGCCAAAGAAUUUAUGAAUUGAAAGCAAU